AUGGAGUACACGGAGACAGAUUCAGUCAAUACAGGAUUUGUGGCAGGAGAUUGUGACGCACCACUAGGAAUAGAAAGUGGAAAGAUUCCAAACUCAGCAAUGAAGGCUGCCACCGUGCAUGGGUCGUUCCUCGAGCAAUAUCCCCUUCAAAUGCUUGCUGUGGUCUAUGUCAAUAUUUCCCCAAAAGACAUAAUGUCAAAGUAUGGCGGAGCAGGUUGGGAGCCUUACAAGGGAAGACUCAAUCAUCAGACUACAUAUUUGGCCGGAAAUAACAAAAAGGGCCAGUGGCUCCAGGUGGAUUUCGGCAAAGUUGUCAAAGUUACGAAAAUUGCCACCCAAGGUCGCCAUAAUGCUAAUCAGUAUAUCACAAAGUAUGUAGUCUCCUCAAGCCUGGAUGGUAGUCUUUUUCAGUUUCAAGAGCACAAGCCCUACACUGUCCCACGGGAAUAUUACGGGAACAGCGAUUACCGAUCUGUAAAGGUGAACAUUUUGGAUGAACCAAUCAUUGCUCGUUAUGUUCGUAUCCACCCGACUGGUUAUUACGGUUACACCGCAAUGAGGAUUGAAAUGUAUGGCUGCGAGUCCGGUUUUGACAUUCCAAAACCUCCAGCGUGUAUGGAAGGUCUGGGUAUGGAAGAUGGCAAAAUCCCUGACUCGUCCAUCACCGCUUCCAGCAUUUACAACUCAAACUAUCGUCCCAGCAAUGGUCGGCUGUACAAAUUUCCGUAUGGUUGGAUGACCUCCCAAAGAAAUACCCAACAAUGGUUUCAAGUAAAUUUUGGAGGCUGGACCCAGGUGACCAGAUUCUGCACCCAGGGAGAAGCGUCCGGGAGCUACUGGGUUACCAAGUACAGACUUGCUUAUAGCUACGAUGGCGUGUUUUAUCGGGAUUAUGUAGAAGAUAAUCUUUCAAAG